GAAGAUAUCGCGUGAUUCAACAACAGCUGAGCCGCUGGUAUUGGCAUUCGCGCAAUACACGCAAUGAUCCGCUCGCUCUAAAGUUUUGCGAUAGACUUUGGCCCGUCCACCACGUGUACCGGCUUUAAUACCACGUAAUCGAAACGUUUCGAGGAUCUAUUUAUCAUAUAAAUAAUUUGUAGCGUCAAAUUUAAGCAGUUGUGUAUUGAUAUUUAUUAGAAGUAACCAUCAAAAAUUUAGUAUUGCUUAAGUUGACGAAAGUUAUUAAUUUUAAUUAUUGUGCGAUCUUUUUCAUUUACCGGACUUUCGAAUAUUCUACUGUUUCUAUAGAAAAAGGUACAAAAUGGCGCCAAACAUAUCCAUGCCUACUGGUGUUUUACACGAGCACGAUGACGAAGUAUCGGCCAGCAUAAUACCUCCAGAAGUUAGCAAACCCAGUGAAAGAAAGCUCCAACUCGUCUGGCGAAACAUCAUAAUCUUUGCAUAUUUACACGCCGUUGCUGUCUAUGGAGUUUACCUCAUAUUUACGUCUGCCAAAUUAGCCACUACCAUUUAUGCUAUAAUCUUAUAUCAACUUGGUGGCUUUGGGAUCACUGCCGGCGCACAUAGACUUUGGUCGCACAGAGCGUACAAAGCGAAGUGGCCGUUGAGAAUUUUGCUCACAAUUUUCAACACUUUAGCCUUUGAGAAUUCCGUAAUCGAAUGGUCUCGGGAUCACCGCGUUCACCACAAGUAUUCAGAAACCGAUGCUGAUCCUCACAACGCGAAACGCGGUUUCUUUUUCUCGCACAUGGGAUGGUUGUUGUGCAAGAAGCAUCCCGAAGUAAAAAGCAAAGGGAAGAAUAUUGACAUGUCCGACCUCUACGCGGAUCCAAUUUUGCGAUUCCAGCACAGAUACUACAUGAUUGUUAUGCCCUUAACUUGUUUUAUCGUUCCUGUUGUGAUACCAAUGUACUGCUGGGGUGAAACGUUUGUGAAUUCUUUUUGCCUAAAUAUAUUCCGUUACGUGUUCACACUUCACGCCACUUGGUUGGUUAACUCUGCUGCUCACCUCUGGGGACAGAAGCCAUACGAUAGAUUCAUCAAUCCAGCAGAAAACUUAGUCGUUUCCGUGUUGGCGCUGGGUGAAGGAUGGCACAAUUAUCACCACACGUUCCCGUGGGAUUAUAAGACAUCAGAAUUGGGAAAAUAUUCGGUAAAUUUCUCAGCUGCAUUGAUAGAUUUCUUUGCCAAAAUAGGCUGGGCUUACGAUCUUAAAACGGUAUCUGAAGAUAUGAUUAAGAAAAGAGUAUUGAGAACGGGGGAUGGAACUCACGACGUAUGGGGUUGGGGGGACAAGGACCAACCAAAAGAAGACUAUGAAGAUGCCACAAUUAUGUAUAAGAAAUCAGAUUAAGCAUGCAGCUGGUUUGUGUGAUGUAACAGAUUUCAAUCAAAAGUAUUGUAUGUGCAUGUUUUAAAUUCAUAGAAUUUAAGCUAGUUGUUUGAAGAUUUACCAAUAACAAUUGGUAAGUCUUUAAAAAAUAGAGACUGAUUGUUAAAAAUAUUUAUUCAUGAUAAAUUUCGUGUAUUAUGUGGCUGGAACACAUGGCAGCAGGUUGUCAUUGCUAAUCUACGAAAAUAUAAAGCAUUAUAAUUUAUCAUACAUAUAACUUACUUCACUGACAAUUGUAAUUUAUGUCAAAGUAAAAAAUGUUUUUGGGGACAAUUUUACUAGGCUGUGCGACUAUAAUGGUCUAUAGCCAAAUCAUAGGAUAUGCAUGUUAAUUAUUAGGAUAUAUUUUUUAUAAAUGCACUUUAAUAUAUGUUCGUCAAUAACAGGCAACAGAGAAAAACUAUUAAAGAAGUGAUAUUUUAGUUUUUAGAUACUUGUUUUCCACAGGUUUAAUAUAGUCAUUAACCGAAUUUAUGUCGUGUUAAAUAGUCCAUGGAACCCGUCUAGAUGAAAUAACGGGCUCUAUUUAUUUGAAGUAUUUUUCCGUUAUUAUGCUCUUUAUUUCAUCGAGUCGCGUUUAGUUUUCCAAUGUGUAAAUCUAUUUGUUAUUUUUAUUGAAUAAAAAUAAAAAGUAAAAAAUUA